CCACGACCCCCGCAAAGGACCAAGAAGUCUAGACCUGCGCUGCUUACACAACACCUCUGGAGUCUGCCCGGCCUAUCCCAGUCGGGCGUGGCCUUCUAGCGAGUCGCGUAUCGUCAUAUUACGGCAUGGAAACCACACUGCACUCGCUCAAGAGAGCAAAGAUGCAUACGAGAAGCCAUCACCAGUACACGGCGAGCGAUCGACUAUAUGAGGCGGGGAUCCCUCUGUGUCGUGAGAAGAUUGCAGGUGCAAAAACAACCUCUCUUCUCAGCUAGGCCGGGAAAUAUCUGUCAAAGAUUCAGCACAUCAAAGACAAACAUGGCACCAGACUCGACAUCUCCAAAGCCGCCGAAAAUCACACACAUCCUCGAGACGUGCCUGAUGGUCAAGGACGUCGGGGCCGCGACCGAGUUCUACAAGAACGUGUUUGACGUCGAACCAUUCAUGAACACGCCACGCAUGUCCGGCUUCGCCCUGUCUCAGACAACACUGCUCCUCUUCCAGCUCGGCGCCACCGCCGCGGACAGUCCCAUGCCCGACAACCGUGGCACGAUCCCCGGCCACGGGCCCUCGCAGGACAUCCUGGAUCUGCUGCUCGCCGCCGCGCCAGAUGCCACCGCCGGUCAGUCAUCGUCACAUCAUCCGACCUCCAGCCCGGUGGCAAGGCCGGGCCGGCUGAACCAGCACUUCUGCCUCGCCGUGGCCUCGCCGGCCGAUGUCCAGGCGUGGGAGAGGUGGUUCGAGGACAAGGACGUCGAGAUCCUCGGGCGGGUCAAUUGGCCCCGGGGUGGGAAGAGCGUGUACUUUGGCGACCUGGACGGCAACGUCGGGGAGAUUGCCAGUCGAGGCAUCUGGGAGCAUUAUUAGGACAGGCACGGAAGACUGCAGACUGUGACCCUUGGCCUCAUCCUUAACGUGGUCCUCGGGGUAUUGCACACAGCCAUCAGUCUCGACAAAUUGGCUCGGCAGUUAACCAUGGGUCUAUCAACGUCAAAGUUUGUCCGUUUCCAACUGAGCCGCGUUCGACGCGCCACGCGAACCAGAAGAGUAGCCGUGAGCGUGACUCCAGUGCUAGAAAACAUGCGAAAUGCUCCAUGCUUGUACUUGUGCCUGUCAUUGUCCAGCAGACUAAAAGUCACUCUACCAUCGAAACGAUAGAUUAGUCAGUCCGGUCCUAAAGUGUCUGC